AUGGUCAACGUCCUCAGCGUGAUCAUCUGUGCGACUUGCGCGAUAUUCGAGGCAGCAACACUUGGCUCACCAAAGGGUACAUGUUCAGGCAGCUGCGCCGAUGUCGCGACAUACGAACGUGCCGUUCAUCGCUAUCAGCGUACAAUCGAGCCACCUCCAGCCUUCUUGACGGCCUUUGUCGACGGGUUUGAUGACUUCAAUAGGGAUGCCGUCCACGGCCAGAACGCGUACUCCAACGACGCAGACCUGUCUCACAUAGCGAUCACUUCCACCGGCACCGACGUCUUCACGGACGAUCAGAGCAGUCUCCCGGGCGGCUCAUCCGACUCUCCACCUCGAUCGAUUGCAGUGUCAACCGCUGAGACUUCGAUCAGCCCUCCGGUUGCCCAGGAGUCAGCGCAUAAUGUUCAGGCGACUACCAGCAAAGAAGGCGAACGCGUCGCUACUCUGUCUCGUGGUGAAGAGUUGAUGCAUCGCUACCUCGACAUAUACGAGGUCAGACUGCCUGAGAUGCUAGUCUGGCUUGAUAGCUGGUGGGUAUGGUUGACUUACCGAACAUCUGAAUUGACGAGCGCCUUGGCGCAAAUACCAGACUCGAUCUGGCAGUUCCUCAUUACCCCGACGGACACAAUAAUGGUCAACGCACACCUGGUUGGCUGCGUGAUCUCCAGCGCGGUCACAGUGCUGGUGUUUGCUCGAUAUGCCGACGCUGCUGACGACAAGUAUCGUCGCCUUGACCAGCAACACAAAACCCUCCAAGCCGAGCACAUCGCACUUCAGAAGCAAGGCACUCGGGCUCAAGACCUACAUCGACUGCUACGGAUCCAGUACAACAUUCUCCAAGCGCGAUGCGACAAGCUGGAGAAGGAAAAGAACAGCCUUCUCCAUGAGCGAGAUUCUUCUCCUGAGCAGCAGCGCGCAUUGCAAAAAGUGUCAGAUGCCUUUGAGCGGCUGAGGAGAUCGCAUGUUGCUCUGGGCGCGUCGUCAGCGGCGCUCGGGAAGCAGGUUACCUCUGCGGUCGGCAAGUAUGAAGUUCUGGAGAGUGACCACGCCGCUUUGGCUGGUAUGUAUGACAGCCUUGGCCAGAAGUACGAAGUCUUGAACACAAGCCACAUCGCGCUGGGCGAGAAGUACGCCAUCCUGGAUCACAAGUACGCCAUUCUGGAGAAGCAGAAGAUCCCUACCGCAAAAUUUAAUGUCACACUCGAUAACGACGCCUCUGACAUGCUUGUGGCAGUCUUGCAGUGCUUCCGCAAGCCAUUUCCGAGAGUAUCUGCUUCUCCGAGGACGAAUCUUAGCAACAUCGCCGCCAUGUUGUGGGCCUAUGCUCAGACCGUACAGCGCCGAUCAGGACACAAUGAUCGAGUAUUAGACAAUGAUGACGACGACAGCAACGAUGACGAGUGGGAGGAGGAUGCCUCGAAGACACUGGGCAGCCUUGGCGACUACCUCAUCGAAAGACCCAAGACUCUAAGACGGACCUUAACGAAGGCGGUGGUCAGGCCACUGGGGCAGAUGCCGCUUCUACUGCUGAUAGCGACAGCAGCAGUAAUGUACACGAAGAAGAGGAUCUGA